AUGAAUUUCCCAAAAAGCCCUCGACCUUCUUCUCCUUAUUCUCUCUCCUCCUCCUCUUCUUCUCCUUCCUACAUUCCACCCCACCGUACCCAGGUGCACCCUCGCAUGAUCUCCCUUUAUACUUCUUCUUCGACUCACCCAAAUCCAAAUCCCCACAAACCCCAUGCAGCCAAAUGCCUCCUCUUCCUCUUCGCCUUCCUCUUCUUCACCGCCCCCUUCCUCUUCUACAUCUUCUUCACCGCCCUCCAAAUCCACUCUUCCCCCAAAUUCACCGACUCCCGCCCCGCCUCCUUUGCCCUCGCCCUCCGCGCAGGCCCCCACGCCCUCCGCCUCUCCAUUUUCCACUUCCUCGGCCCCGGCAUGGGUCUCCUCGCUGCUGCCCACUCCGCUGCCGCCGUCCCCGGUUUCGCCGCCCCGCCCGACGCACUCCGUCGCGCCGUCGCCGAGCUCGUCCGGUUCGCCAAGGGUAGGGUGCCCCGCCAGGAGUGGGGGAAUGCCGUCGUGCGACUCGCGGUCUCCGAAGAGCUCGAGGAGCUCGGCGCCGAGGAAGCAGAGAAGGUUCUGGAAUGUUGCAGACAGGCCUUGAGGGUGUCUGGCUUCCUGUUCAAGGAUGAAUGGGCACGCGUCGUUUCAGGGGAAGAGCAAGGCAUCUCUUCUUGGGUUGCAGUAAAUUAUGCUCUUGGAAAAUUGGGACGUGAGCCCCAGGAAACAACUGGAAUAGUUGAACUUGGUGGGGCUUCUUUGCAGGUUACAUCGGCUAAACUUAAUUCAGAUUUAGGUCAGUCUUCGCGGACUAUCAGAUUGUCUGGCGUUACAUACAACCUUUACACUUGGAGUUUGCCACAACUGGGACAGUAA